AUGGACACUACGCCUGCACCAUCUAGAGCCACGACGCUGCCGAACCAAACCCCUAAACGAGCCCGAAGUUCACCUACUCCUAGUCCAGCAGACAUAGUAUUGGUAAGUAUCAAACCAGUAUUAUGGUGUCAGACUAGUAUUGGUAAAUAUCAAUCUAGUAGUAGUGGUAAAUAUCAAUCUAGUAUUGGUAAGUAUCAAACAGUAUCAUUGUGUCAGACUAGUAUUGGUAAACAUCAAUCCAGUAUUGGUAAGUAUCAAACUGUAUCAUUGUGUCAGACUAGUAGUGGUAAAUAUCAAUCUAGUAUUGGUAAGUAUCAAACAGUAUCAUUGUGUCAGACUAGUAUUGGUAAAUUUCAAUCUAGUAUUGGUAAGUAUCAAACAGUAUCAUUGUGUGAGACUAGUAUUGGUAAACAUCAAUCCAGUAUUGGUAAGUAUCAAACAGUAUCAUUGUGUCAGACUAGUAUUAGUAAACAUCAAUCCAGUAUUGGUAAGUAUCAAAUAGUAUCAUUGUGUCAAACUAGUAUUGGUAAAUAUCAAUCUAGCAUUGUAUCAUUGUGUCAGACUAGUAUUGGUAAAUAUCAAUCUAGUAUUGGUAAGUAUCAAACAGUAUCAUUGUGUCAGGCUAGUAGUGAUCAGAAAGGAAGAGAAUCCAGACCCUUUAUCCCAAUUUCUCAAUAA